AUGUCGGCAUCUACCUCUGUCACGACCACUCAACAGGAGGGAUCCGUUCGCCUGGCUGCUGAGGACCAAACCAAUCUCAUUCUCUCCGACCCGGCAACCGAUACCACCUUCCAAUCCCUCGCUCGAGGAGACCGAAAUGGCACACUUAAGCUAGCUGGAAUCCCCACAUUCUCGGACCCGCUUGAGAAGCGCAAGUGGAUGAAGGAACAUAUGGCUGUUGCUUUCCGCUACUUCGGCAAACUUGGAUAUAAUGAGGGAGUCUCUGGUCACAUCUCGAUGCGUGACCCCAUCUUGAAGGAUCACUUCUGGAUGAACCCCUUUGCCAAGCACUUCUCUUCGAUCAAGGCCUCCGAUUUAGUCCUCGUGGACCACGAAGGAUUCGUCACGGAAGGAGGCGCUCAGAUUCCCAUUAAUGAGGCCGGUUUCAUGAUCCAUUCCGAAAUUCACAAAGCCCGCCCCGACGUUAUCGCCGCGGCCCAUACUCAUGGUAUCUAUGGUAAGACAUGGAGUGCAUUUGGCAAGCCGAUCGAAAUGCUCACGCAAGACGCUUGCAACUUCUACGGACGUAUUGGUCUGUAUGAAGACCAUGCUGGUAUCGCUUUGUCUCGGGAGGAGGGAAGACAGAUUGCUAAGGCAUUGGGCAAGGAAAAUAUUGCCUGCAUUCUACAGAAUCACGGUCUCUUGACUGUCGGUACUACAGUGGAUGAAGCUGCAAUUCUGUAUUCCAUGCUGGAAAACUGCUGCCGCUCCCAGCUGAUGGCCGAAGCUGCCGCCGCUAACGGUAUCCCCAAGAUUAUUAUUAACCCUGAAGUGGCUCAGUAUACCGCCAAUGCCGCCCAGAACCCUCACAACUUUUAUACCGAGUUCCAACCGGAAUAUGAGCUACUGGUUGAGGAGACCAAUGGACGAGUCUUGCUAUAA